UCCUUUCGAUGACCACACCCACCACCCACCUAGUUUGUUGACAAUUAUGGAUCAACCUCGCAGUGCCCUCCAGGCCGUAAAACGAGAUCCAGAUGUGAAGCCGUUCAUCAAACUGGAGAAGAUAAAGAGCGAACACGACACCAAGAUCGAUCUCUCGUCCAUCCCCGUGGCGUUUCCCGCAGAAGCCAAAAACGAACUUGCUGGGGUACCAUUCUUGCAACCCACUUUACCCAUCUGACCUAUACCAAUCGCUAACGCCAUGGAUAUCAAGAAGUUCUCCCCGGGAGGCCCCCCGAAGACGCGACUUUACCCAGGUCGCCGCGGGUACAUCACCAAUGUCUCGAAGAGGGGUUUCUCGGUUUCUGCGCUCUAUCACCGAAAGAGCAACAAGCUCCAUAUCACCGCUCGUGCGAAGUCAGGCUACGACGAUUCCGCGCUCACCAGUUGGGACUCGACGUCCUUGGAGCUGGAACUCUUCAGAAAACUGCGUUCUGCCCGGGUCCCUUUUGCCGUGGAACCCAUCGAGGCCCAUGGCUUCAUCAAGAGGGGUUUUGUCAACUUCAAUUCCACGAAUACAGUCAACCCCGUUAAAUUUGGCAUUAAGCCAGCGAGGUUCAUCGUCCCCGUGAGACCAAUCAAGGACCCGGGUGCCCUCCCAGUCCCGGGAGCUGCCGACAAUCGAGGCCACGGCGAACAGGAACCGCUCAGCUUACAGCCCACAGCUGGCCUCCAAGUCGAUUCAGACAUGGCAUGCCCCACGAAGACCGAUCCAGCUCAGAACCCGUCCACUGAUCAGUCCGAGUUUGGCGAAUCGAUCGCUCUAGACAUGUCUUCUCCUGCUCUUGUCGUGCCCACGGCAGAACACAAUGUGGGCCAGCACUGAAAUGCCGAGUCCGUGGUGAUGGUCCAUGUACACCCGCUUUGACCAAGUGGCCAGUUGUUUGGUGUUGAAGGGUGUUGGACGCAUGUCGGUAAAAUUCAGCAGUCUGACUUUCGGAGAUGGCCAUCGCUUCACAGAUUUAAAUUAGUCGCUCAAGUAAGAGCUGUUUUGUCUUGGUAACGUACAGUACAGCACUAUCGCAUAUCUCGCGGACAACGACCAACGUCGCCAUCCCGUAGCCCCUGAUGUUCUUAUCCUAAUUUGUUCUGUUGGGCCAACACCAGCAAUUGACACAAUCUCUCAACUCUCUUCAUCUCCAACCCACGUGAGCCCAUUAUGCUUGCGGAGGGCUCUGAUCAGGGUAUGGUUGUUUUUGGAACAGGGGGGAGGGAUGUCGUGGCUGGUCAUCACAGGAACUCAAGUAAAAACAAACCGAACAACACAUGCCAGGGUGAGUAGAUUGAUUUGAGUCAGUUGAUAAUCAUGUCAAUGAAUGAGG